AUGGUAACAGACAAGUUCGGAUGUGGAUCGUUUGCGCAGCACGCGUUGGUCGACGGUGGAAGUAAAUUGAAUAUGUUGUACGCGGUACGAGCGUUCAAGCAGAACAAUCCAGCGUGGGUGGAUGUGAAAGUCAUCGUAAUUGACAAAGACUUCAUCGAACUGGGUUUACUGUGCGAAGAGUUUCCUUGUGCCACAAUUAUUCUCUGUCACUUUCACGUCAUAGAUUAUCUGAAGCGAGAAAACGAGAGCCUGUUUGAUGAGUACCUUUCUGCUUUGACGAAGCUGUGUGCGGGAAAACCAUUAUUUAUGGACUAUUUCACGGAGAAUUGGCUCAAUUGUAAGGAUCAAUGGUGUACUUUCAAGCAUGGAAACAUUCCGCAUCUUGCCAACAACACGAAUAACCGUCUGGAAGCUAGUUGGGGUGCUGCCAAGGACUUGCUACAUCGUCACAUGGCCAUGGACGAGUGCAUUGAUCACCUCCUGUUCUUGCAACAGACCGCCGAAGAUCAGUACACUGCCAAGAACGAGAGCCUGUUUGAUGAGUACCUUUCUGCUUUGACGAAGCUGUGUGCGGGAAAACCAUUAUUUAUGGACUAUUUCACGGAGAAUUGGCUCAAUUGUAAGGAUCAAUGGUGUACUUUCAAGCAUGGAAACAUUCCGCAUCUUGCCAACAACACGAAUAACCGUCUGGAAGCUAGUUGGGGUGCUGCCAAGGACUUGCUACAUCGUCACAUGGCCAUGGACGAGUGCAUUGAUCACCUCCUGUUCUUGCAACAGACCGCCGAAGAUCAGUACACUGCCAAGGUGAAGCGCGUGGGCUUCCGGUACAGCCAAAACUAUGAUGAAGAGAUGAGUAUGUUGGCAAAACUGGCAACUCAUCACGCAUGCAAUCUGGUUGAAGAACAGUAUCUUGUAAGCGGCCGGGAGACGUAUGAUACGACGCCAGAUGAAAAUACUCCAGAGUUUUUUUUUACUCUAGCCAGUGCCAAAUCGGGUGGCCAAUACGCUGUGAAUUUGAACACACUUGCAGCUGCGCUUUUAACCAGACCAUGCUGCUUCCUUGUCGACAUAUACUAUAUCUACGGCGGCACAAUGCGAACAUGCGUUCCAUCAUUCCGUAUGAGACGACACCUGGUCGGUGGCUGCUUGCCGAUGAAGACGUAG